AUGACGUGCAGGGAUCGAACCAACGAGUUCCAGUCAGCCUGCAAAUCCCUACAGAGCAGACAGGUAUGUAGGUUUGGGAGAGGCAAGGGCAGUGAUGUUGAAAUAGCCAUCUGAUCAAGACCAGGGGAUACUGAACAUAACCUAUGGGAGAUAGAGGUUCCUAUUCAUUCCCCCUCAUGUAAUCUGUCACAGGUGAUGACUCUUUUAAUCCCUCUUUCUCAUUCUCCCUCUCUGCAGAAUGGCGUUCAGCCCACCAAGCAAGCCCUCAGUGCUCUCAAGCAACGCAGUGACUUCACCCUCAUGGCCAAGUGAGUCCCACUGCCAGCCAACUUUCUCACAUUACACAUUCACUCGUGUGUAGUUGACACCAGUGUCUGAUUGAAGUUUAGUAAAUAGCCGGUUAUUGUUGUGUUGCUGUUAGUUUCUCCAUGGUGUUUUAAUCACAUUGUAGCUCUGCAUGAUCUCUUUGGAAUGCUGGCUGCUCUUUUCUGUUAUCUUAUCAUUUUACCAAAGGACAUACUUUACAUGCAGCUAUGUAUGUUCUUUAGCAGUUUAUUUUCACUGUAUUCAUGUUUAGGCCUAUCACUGUGAUGCCAAUCUUCUGUUAUUUUUAACCCCUCUAGGAGAAUAGGAAAAGACUUGAGUAAUACGUUUGCUAAACUAGAGAAACUCACUAUAUGUAAGUAUAUGUCAAUAUUUAUGUUUCAACAUUUGUGACGAAUAGCUAUUUUGAAUAACUCAUUUUUUUAUUUUUAAGUUAUGAAAAUGUGGCUGUUUUGACCUUUUCAGUGGCUAAAAGAAAAUCUCUAUUUGAUGACAAGGCAGUGGAGAUUGAAGAGUUAACCUACAUCAUCAAGCAGGUGAGAUAUUUUUUAGUUUGAAUUGACACAGAUACAGGAAAAGCAGUCAGCUGUCUCUCGUCAUGAGCUAUAAAUAGCAAACACGAUGACCAGUCAGUCAGGUGGAAUCUCUAGGCAAGAGACAAACCUAGCUGUUUUAGUGGGCGCAGUCUGUCUGUUACACUGCUGUUCCCUGUUUGACUCCUUUCAUCUGUCUCCCUCUACUCCCCCUCUUAGGACAUUAACAGCUUGAACAAGCAGAUAGCCCAACUGCAGGAUCUGAUCCGUUCACGUGGAGCGCCCAGCGGCAGACACAUCCAGACCCAUUCCAACACCAUCGUUGUCUCCCUGCAGGUCUUACUGCCAGUGCCUCUCCACUGCAUUAUUUAACUGAUCUGGAUGAGUAAAAUGAUGUAGCCAUAUGAAACCUGAGGCUUUAAUAAUCAACAACCACAUGUUUUUGUUUUGUUGCAGUCCAAACUGGCGUCUAUGUCCAAUGACUUCAAGUCGGUUCUAGAAGUAAGAACAGAGGUAAGAUUCACUGGAACUUUCUGUCACUCUGGAACUUUCUGCCAUUAAACCUCAAGAAUUCUCAUAACUGUAGGUUGCCUAUAUCGUUGUCAUUUCCUCUGUCUCUAGAACCUGAAGCAGCAGAAGAGCAGGAGAGAACAGUUCUCUCAGCCUCCUGUCUCUUCUUCUCCUCUCCUCGCCAACAACUUCAGUAAGAAAACACCAUGUUUACCUCACCUUCAGCCUCUCAUUCCUACACCAGAUAACUUCACAAAUGUCUCUUUGAAUUUCAAUCACACAACUUUAUUUUCUCUUCCUUCUAAUUGACCAUCUUUUCUCUCUCCUCUGCCAGAGAGUUCAGUGUUGAUGCAGGAUGAGUCCAGGAGUAUGGGGGGUGAGGUGGCCAUCGACAUGGACAACCAGUCUAACCCUCUACAGCUCCAGCUCAUUGAUGAGCAGGUACAAACACUUUAUCACCUGUAUUGUGUGUGUGUGUCAUUGUGUUACUAUAAUGUUGUUUCUCUGUGGUGUAGGACUCGUACAUCCAGAGCCGUGCAGACACCAUGCAGAACAUUGAGAGCACCAUCGUAGAGCUGGGCUCCAUCUUCCAGCAGCUGGCUCACAUGGUGAAGGAGCAGGAGGAGACAGUACAGAGGUGAGGGAGGGGAUGAGAGAGAAAGGGAGGGGAUGAGAGGGGAUGAGAGAGAAAGGGAGGGGAUGAGGGUGAAAGGGAAGGGAGGGAGAGAGGGGAGGGAGGGGAUGAGAGGGAGGGGAUGAUAGCAGUAUGAUGGGGAAGCAGGGAAACAAGGUGGAUGGGAAAAGGGAGAAAGAGAUGUGGUGUAGAGGGGAGGAGGAAGAAAAUGAGGGAAGGGAGAAACUUUGAGAUGCUUGAGCACUCCCAGAUCUGUCUAUAAAGCCCAAUGUGUGUCUCCUCUCCCAUGUAGGAUUGAUGCUAACGUGGAGGACACUCAGCUCAACGUGGACAUGGCUCACACGGAGAUCCUCAAGUAUUUCCAGUCUGUGUCCUCCAACCGCUGGCUCAUGGUCAAGAUCUUCCUCGUCCUCAUCGUGUUCUUCAUCGUCUUCGUGGUCUUCCUCGCCUGA